GGCUUUUGCUCUGCUUUUGUUUUGCUUUGCUUUGGCUUUGGCUUUGUCUCUCUGAUUUCCCGGCGACAAGUCUGUUUCCUUCUCCUUGAUCCCAUAAAGUUUUUUUUUCUCUUUUUUUUUUUAAAUCUCUUUUCGUCUGAUUCUAGAACCAAAAAACGGUGAGCUUCAAGAGAAGAGCAGUUUUCAGUUUGAUUGGGAAAAUGGAACCGGUUGUUAACAUUCCAUGCAGUUAGUUCUCUACGGUUCGGCUUCUUUAAACGAUUCAUCGACGGAAUUUUUUUUCUUUUUUGGAAAUGAAAUGCUUCACGUGAUUGAAAUAUCGAAACGAAUCAAAGCUUGUAACGAAGGUAAUGAAGAGAAAAGUAGCUCAGAAAAGAACGAAGUUUUGGCGUUUGGUUUCACUUCAAGUUAGGGUUUAGUUUCUUUGGGAUUUGAAUGUGAAGCAGCGGCGUUUCUUCAAGCGCGUAUGCGGUAAUUUUCCGACAAGGGAUACUGCAGAAAAGAUUUUUUUUUUUUGAAGCGUUGAUGGUUUCAUUGCUAAAAGAGUGGAAGUAACUUUAUGGUGAAGAAAGUUGAUCUUUUUCAAGCGUUUUGUUGGAGCAAAACAAGUGAUUGGAUUCCUUAAGAGUUUUGUUUACUUUUUAUUGAUUCAAAUUUGUUAGCAUGAAGGCUCCACCAAAUGGAUUUUUGGCAAAUUCUGCAGAAGGAGAAAGGAAGAGUAUCAAUUCAGAAUUAUGGCAUGCUUGUGCUGGACCACUUGUUUCUUUGCCGCCAGUUGGAAGUCUGGUGGUUUACUUUCCUCAAGGCCACAGCGAGCAAGUUGCAGCAUCAAUGCAAAAGGAGACUGAUUUCAUACCAAGCUACCCUAAUCUUCCUUCCAAAUUGAUUUGCAUGCUCCAUAAUGUCACUUUGCAUGCUGAUCCAGAAACUGAUGAGGUCUAUGCCCAGAUGACUCUUCAACCUGUAAAUAAAUAUGACAAGGAAGCAUUACUGGCAUCUGAUAUGGGCCUCAAGCAAAGCAGACAACCUGCUGAGUUCUUUUGCAAAACUCUUACAGCUAGUGACACUAGCACUCAUGGUGGAUUUUCUGUGCCUCGUCGAGCAGCUGAGAAGAUCUUCCCGCCUCUGGAUUUUUCAAUGCAACCACCUGCUCAGGAGCUAGUAGCUAGAGAUUUACAUGACAAUACAUGGACAUUUAGACAUAUUUAUCGAGGUCAACCAAAGAGGCACCUUCUGACUACUGGUUGGAGUGUCUUUGUUAGCACAAAAAGACUCUUUGCUGGUGAUUCUGUUCUUUUUAUAAGAGAUGAGAAGUCACAGCUGCUCUUGGGUAUAAAGCGCGCUAAUAGACAGCAGCCAGCUCUCUCUUCAUCAGUGAUUUCUAGUGAUAGCAUGCAUAUUGGGAUCCUUGCUGCCGCAGCUCAUGCUGCAGCCAAUAACAGCCCAUUUACUAUAUUCUACAAUCCAAGGGCAAGCCCUUCUGAGUUUGUGAUUCCGUUAGCAAAGUAUAACAAAGCCAUGUAUACCCAAGUUUCUCUUGGCAUGCGGUUUAGAAUGAUGUUUGAAACCGAGGAAUCUGGGGUACGCAGAUAUAUGGGUACAAUCACAGGUAUAAGUGACUUGGAUCCUGUGCGAUGGAAAAAUUCACAGUGGCGCAAUCUUCAGGUUGGAUGGGAUGAAUCAACAGCUGGUGAACGGCCCAGCCGGGUUUCAAUUUGGGAAAUUGAGCCAGUUGUAACUCCUUUCUACAUAUGUCCACCUCCGUUUUUCAGGCCCAGGUUUCCCAAGCAACCAGGGAUGCCAGAUGAUGAGUCUGAUAUUGAGAAUGCUUUCAAGAGAGCUAUGCCCUGGCUUGGAGAUGACUUUGGUAUGAAGGAUGCCCCUAGUUCGAUCUUCCCCGGUUUGAGUUUAGUUCAGUGGAUGAGCAUGCAGCAAAAUAAUCAGUUUCCAGCUGCUCAAUCAGGAUGCUUCCCAUCAAUGGUUUCUUCAAAUCCCCUGCAUAAUAACCUUAGCACUGAUGAUCCUUCCAAGUUAUUGAAUUUUCAAGCUCCUGUAUCACCUGCAUCGAACAUGCCAUUUAACAAAGCAAAUGCAAACCAAGUCAACCAGUUGCCUCAGGCACCUAUGACAUGGCCCCAACAGCAGCAGCUUCAGCAGUUAUUGCAGACUCCUCUAAGUCAACAUCAACAGCACCAGCAGCAAACCCAACAGCAAUUGCAGCGACAACAGCCGCAACAACCACAACAACCACAGCAGCAGCCACAGCAGCAUCUUCUUCAUCAACAGCAGCCACAGUCACAGCCACAGCAGCAGCAACAACAACAGCAACAACAACAACAACAACAACAAAGACAACAGCCACAACUGCAGCAGCAGCUGCAACAACAAGCAUUCCUACCGGCUCAAGUAAAUAAUGGCAUCAUUGCCCCUACCCAGAUCUCAAAUCAAAAUUUGCAUCAGCCAGCUGUUUACUCUCAGCUUCAGCAGCAACAAUUACUGACAGGCAAUAGCCAGUCUACCCAAGCUAUCCUUUCUGCUAAUAAGACUUCAUAUCCUUUGACAUCAUUACCACAAGAUACACAGAUUCAGCAACAAAUGGAACAGCAGACUAACCUCAUACAGAGGCAGCAGCAACAGACACAGUUGCAGCAACAACAGACACAGUUGCAGCAGCAACAAACACAGUUGCAGCAGUCACCACUGCAAUUGCUGCAGCAAAGCCUAUCCCAGAGGACACAGCAGCAGCCACAGAUUCAGCAAUUGUCACCGCAGGGCCUCUCAGAUCAACAGCUUCAAUUACAACUGUUACAAAAAUUGCAGCAACAGCAACAGCAGCAGCAGCAGCAGCAGCAGUCGUCUCAACAAUUACUAUCCCCAGCUGGAUCACUGUUGCAGCCUCCAAUGGUGCAGCAACAGCAAACCCACCAACAAAACCAACCAUUGCAGCAGCUGCCUCUCUCUCAGAGCCAGCCACAACCACUUGGCAGCAAUGGCUUCUCAACAUCAACUCUCAUGCAACCUCAACAGCUUUCAAUGAACCAACCUCAAAGUCAGAACAAGCCACUUGUGGCAAUGAGAACCCAUUCUGGUCUUACUGAUGGAGAUGCUCCAUCAUGUUCGACCUCACCUUCUACCAAUAAUUGUCAGGUUUCCCCAUCAAACUUUCUAAACAGAAGUCAGCAAGUACCAUCCAUAUUGGUGACAGAUCCAGUUGUUGAGCCUGCAAGUACACUUGUUCAAGAGCUUCAGAACAAGUCUGAUAUCCGAAUCAAACAUGAGCUGCCCACCUCUAAAGGACCAGACCAAUCAAAGUACAAAAGUACUGUAACAGAUCAAUUAGAAGCAUCGUCUUCUGGAACAUCAUAUUGCCUGGAUGCAGGCACCAUCCAGCAUAAUUUCUCCCUUCCCCCCUUUUUGGAAGGUGAUGUCCAAUCACAUCCUCGGAACAAUCUUCCUUUUACAGCUAAUAUUGAUGGUUUGGCACCUGACACUUUGUUAUCAAGGGGAUAUGACUCUCAAAAGGAUCUUCAAAACCUGCUUUCUAAUUAUGGUGGCACUCCAAGAGAUAUUGACACAGAGUUGUCUACUGCUGCAAUAAGCUCUCAGUCUUUCGGUGUGCCAAACAUACCUUUCAAGCCUGGGUGCUCAAAUGAUGUUGCCAUCAAUGAGACAGGAGUUUUAAAUGGUGGGUUGUGGGCCAGCCAGACUCAACGCAUGCGAACAUAUACAAAGGUGCAAAAGCGUGGCUCUGUAGGAAGAUCAAUUGAUGUGACCCGCUAUAAAGGGUAUGACGAACUCAGGCAUGAUCUAGCCCGCAUGUUUGGUAUUGAGGGGCAGCUGGAAGAUCCACAAAGUUCUGACUGGAAAUUAGUUUAUGUGGAUCAUGAAAAUGACAUAUUACUUGUUGGUGAUGAUCCUUGGGAAGAAUUUGUAAGUUGUGUCCAGAGCAUAAAGAUACUGUCAUCUGCUGAAGUACAGCAGAUGAGCUUGGAUGGUGAUCUGGGAAAUGUGGCAGUUCCCAAUCAAGCUUGCAGUGGGACUGACAGCGGAAAUGCAUGGAGAGGACAUUAUGAUGAUACCUCAGCUGCCUCAUUUAAUAGAUAAAAGUCUCAACUCUGAUAAAAGACAAAUUGAUAUAUCUUCAGCUAUUGGACUUUGCCCGGGCUCGUCGAUGACACUGUUGAAUUCACUCAAAAAGAUACAAUGAAUCUAGUUCUUCAAGGAGAGGUGAUCACCCCGUGGUAUUGAGCCUUUAGAAAGUAUGCUGGUUGCAGGUGUUAAAUUCUAAAAGCCACUGCCAUGAAGUUGGCAGAAGGAUUUAUAUUUUAACUUAAGCAUCCACAUUUUGACAUUGGCCCUUUAUUGGUAGUUCUAUGGUGAGGGUAAGGUGAAGGAGCAGAGGCAAGGGACAGGUGAUGUAUGAUAUAACCAUAUUUAGAGCUGAUUUGACAUUCUCUCCUGUAAAUGCUAUGAUGUAGAGCACAUUAUCCGCAAGAUGUGUAGUGGUUGUAGCUAUUACUCGGCAGAUACAAUUAGCAUCAGUUUUUGUUCAUGUUGCAGCCGACGCUUCCUUCCACCCCUUUUCUGCCAAUUUAGUAAACACCAUGAUUGAUGA